GGAGGCGUGAGCUGCCAUGUUUGGGCUUGGGGCCAGUCCCCUUUUCCCCGAUGCCGGAUCCUGGUGGCGUGACCCCCCGCCUCUGGCCUCAGCAGAUUCCCCCUGGAACGUGGCUGAAAUAGCUGCUUGGCAGAAGCAUCUGGAAGAGGAGAGGGAGCUGAGUCCCUUGGAAGGAGACAGCACCGAACUCCUGGAAGGAGAGGACCCUGAGCUUGAGGCUAUCAAGGCCAAGAUUCAAGAGAUGGAGAGGGAGGACGAGCGAUUCCAAGGCCUGCAGACAGGUGCAAAGCAGUUCAUCCUGGGCCCGGAGGCAGGUCUUCCUUUCCUUAGCCUGACAGACGAAAAAGUUGAAGCUGACCAACGCUCCGUCUAUGUGGGAAAUGUGGAUUACGGCGGAACGGCAGAGGAGCUGGAGGCCCAUUUCAACAACUGUGGGGAGAUCAACCGAGUCACCAUCCUGUGUGAUAAGUUCUCUGGCCACCCCAAAGGGUAUGCCUACAUUGAAUUUGCUGACAAGAUCUCUGUGCAGGCAGCCGUGGAACUAGAUGAGACCACCUUCCGAGGAAGAGUAAUAAAGGUGCUUCCCAAAAGGACUAACAUGCCCGGUAUCAGCACCACUGACCGUGGAGGCUCCCGGGGCCGUUUCCACAGCCGAGGGGGUCUGCCCCAACGGGCCGGAUUCUGCAGAGGACCGCGUUCAAGACCACAUGGAAGGGUGUACAGGGGCCGCGGAAGGAUAGCUAACUGGUACACACCCUACUAGGUGGUAG